CCCACGAUUCACAAGCAAGUACUACUAGCAACACUGAAGCAAUAUAACCAGGAUGACCACCUUGCCAGACUUUAAGAAGGGAAUCGACUAUUGGACGGCGGUGGACGCAACGGUAGACGGCGUGCUGGGGGGCUUUGGAAACGGUUCUCUACCCCGGGUCGAACAACUCUCUUCCCGCCUGUUCCUCCUCUCCCUCUUACCACAGCUCCAGUCUUUCCCCUCCCCACUCUCUUCCCCAGCUCAUCAACGUCCGCCGACAAAGAACAAACGUUACCUCGGCCUGGACGUCGGCGCCGGCGUAGGUAGAGUCACCAAGAACACCUUGCUUCCACUGUUGGACGAUGUGAUCACCAUGGAACCGGUCGAACACUUCAUCGGGGCUGCAAAGAGGGAAGCCAGCGAAGGAGGUUGGCCCUUCUUAGAGGAUCGGAGUGGGAAUGCCGUCUCCACUACCAAUCGCCAAAAACCUUCUUCCUCCAAGAACCGCGAUUCUGAUGAAGAAGACGAAAGCGAUCAGGACGAGAACACCCCGCUGGAUAAAAUGGGUAACCGGAUCCCUCGAGCUCGUUCUUCCCCCAAACCGAUCAAGGGCAAACGGGUCUGGUUCAUCCAGGCUCCCUUGAACGACCUGGACCCGGUCAACCCUCUGAAUGGGAAAGAGGCCAAGAGUUUAGGGGUGGUAGGGAUGGAGGGGAAGGGGUUGGGCGGCGGAGACGAAUCAUUUGGGGAGAAGAUGGGCGAGGUCGGAUACGACGUAAUCUGGUGUCAAUGGUGCCUCGGCCACUUGUCAAACCCGGAACUCGUCUCCUUCCUCAAACGCUGUCAGGCAGCCCUCCUUCCUCCCAGCUCGUCCUCAAAUAGCAAAGAUACUUCGGUCUACAACGAUCCUGGAGCGGUGAUCGUCGUGAAAGAAAACGUAUGCGAGAAUGGACCGGAUGGGACGGCAGUGAGCGUUUUGGACGAGGAGGAUAGUAGUCUGACUAGGUCGAACAAGAUGUGGGAAGAAAUCUUUCAACAAGCCGGACUCAAGAUCGUCAAGGAGGAGGUACAAUUGGGAUUACCUCAGGGGUUGUUCAUGGUCAAGAGCUGGGCUUUGCGAUGAGGCGCGAAGGCGGGACGGGCGACGAGGAUGUAGUAUCGAUCAUAUAUUUUGGCGGACACGAUGCUGGAGAUGAUAUGCGUCCCGAGAUGCAAUAGCUGUGGGGGUUUUCAGUCUCCUUCUGUGCUUUGAGUUGCCUCGAAAGAAGCUAGCGACAUGCCACAUC